GAUAGUUGCUUUCAUCGCGCUCUUGAGUGGAAUCGAGUGGCUGCAACGAACUCAUGUCCAAAAUGAUGUUGAAAGCAAUUAUUCCUUCCCAGUCGGAACAGAAACUCAUACAGAUAAGCGUUAUACUGCAGUUAUGAUCACUCACUACUUUUCUGAUCCAAGUGUAGUAACUUUAGAUACAUUCCCUUUUACGUAUGGAUUGGGAGAGUUUAGAACGGGACAAAAAUAGAACGCUGUUUUGAAAAAUCGAAUUACAUUCGUACACAGAAUCACAGAGAAAAAGGCGGCCCAGAUACAACUAUCAAAAAUCGAGGUUAAACAAGUGAAGUGAAUAUAGACAUGAUUUACAAGAAACUUUCAUCAUUAUGAAGUGAUUUGUGUUACAAUUGAUUAUUUAAGUAGAAAAAAGUGUAAAAGUAGACAUAAUCAGUUCGGUUGUAAUAGUCUCACGACAUCUAAUUCCAAGCAAACAUAUGAUGUAUGGAAAAUCUAAAAACUCAACAGUGCCAUCUGAUGCACAGGCUAGAGAAAAGCUCGCACUUUACGUUUACGAAUACUUGCUACAUGUUGGCGCCCAAAAAGCUGCACAGACGUUUCUUUCUGAGAUACGAUGGGAAAAAAAUAUCACCUUAGGUGAACCGCCCGGCUUUUUACACACAUGGUGGUGUGUUUUUUGGGACCUUUAUUGUGCUGCACCAGAACGUCGUGACCAAUGUGAUCACUCUUCAGAGGCAAAGGCAUUCCAUGAUUAUGGUUUCGUGAGUUCAGGAUAUGGUGUUAAUGGAAUUGGAGCGCAUAACGCUGGACCUGCACCUAGUCCACUGGGACAAAUGCCGCCAAAUGAAGGAAUGCCAGGCGGACCAAUGGCACCAAAUUUUUUUCCUAAUUCAAAUAUGCAGCCAUCGCCGCCCAAUCAUCCAUCUAGUCAGCCGCCCUUACAUCCUCAACCUUCGUCUGCGCAAAUAAUCUCAGGACAGCCGUUUAUGGGCGCGCCUAGGUAUCCAUCAGGUCCGAGGCCGAACGUUAGGAUGCAAGGAAUUGGAAAUGAUUUUAAUGGACCUCCAGGACAGCCGAUGAUGCCAAGCAGUAUGGAUCCUACAAGGCAAGGUGAAGUUGGGGAUUUUGUAGCAUGGCAAGGUGGGCCACCCGGUAUGGGUCCGAUGAAUCCCCGAAUGAAUCCGCCGCGGGGACCAAGUAUGGGUCCAAUGGGACCAGGAUCAUAUGGUCCUAGUAUGAGAGGUCCACCACCAAACAGUAGCUUAGGAGGAGGAGGACCAGGUAUGCCACCAGGAAUGGGAAUGGCUGGAGGCCGACCUCAAUGGCAACCUAACACUUCAACGCCAAUGAAUUAUUCGUCGUCAUCGCCAGGGAACUAUGGUGGUCCUCCAGGCUCUAGUGGGCCGCCAGGACCUGGCACUCCCAUCAUGCCAUCCCCACAAGAUUCAUCAAAUUCGGGAGGAGAAAAUAUGUACACGUUAAUGAAACCUGUAUCCAGCGGGAAUAUGGGCGGUGAGUUCCCAAUGGGCGGUGGGCCAGAAAGUGGUCCAAUGGGUCCCAUGGGGCCAAAUACAAUGGGACCUGUACUUAACGGUGAUGGUUUAGAUGGUAUGAAAAAUUCACCAGCGAAUGGUGGCCCGGGUACACCGCGGGAGGAUUCUGGAAGUGGAAUGGGAGAUUAUAAUUUAAGUGGAUUUGGUGGGCCUGGUGAAAACGACCAAACUGAGUCGGCAGCUAUCCUCAAAAUUAAGGAAAGCAUGCAGGAAGAGGCGAAACGUUUCGAGAAAGAUUCUGAUCAUCCUGAAUACUUUAUACAAUAACAUCUCCCCUUUCCAAAGGCUUAAUUAAUAUUUAUAUGAAUAAUUAGUAACUUAUAAUUUAACAUAAACACGUUAAAUUAGCGACAAGGGCAACAAUUCCAUGCGCGAUUCUUUAUACAAAGUCUAUAUUUAUAAUAUAAUUGUUACAUAACCUAAACAUGUUAAAACAGACAAAUGUAGCAGUAAAUAGCCAAACAACCAAGUAUUCAUAUAUGCAUGUAAAAUAAUUUCAUGUUUAAAUGUAAAGUUAGACUGUGUAAUUUUAUAGAAAGCUACAGCUGUCUUUCCAGCUUUACUUUAAGUUCCGGUUUUUUUUAAUAUAUCAACUGAAAACAAGGCAGUGCUCCCAAUAUAACCAAAAAACUUAUAUUUGUUUGUGAGAUGUUUUAAGAGCAUUUGGCUGAUUUAUAGAUGUUUCUAUGUUAAAUAAGGAUAAGGUCCGAUCAAAUAAUGAACUAGCGUAUGUAGAUGAGACAUUAGGGCUUUCAUGCAUGCAUCAACUGAGGGUGAUGGAUUGCGGCUAUAUUUGCAUAACUUAGUUUGAAGAAUAUCUUCUUCAUAUUCUCACGAAUUCCGCGGUUCGCCGUUUUUAUUGACUUCAUUUCAAUUACUUGAUAAAUUCAACGAAACUAAGAAUUACUGUCUAAUUAAAUUCGGAAAACGUUCUUGAAACCAAAGAACUUUUUAUCCUGCACGAUAAGUGCCACUUUCAAAAAAUUUGGUUUCGAUUUCGCUAACUUGGGAUCAAUAAUACUAAUACUUUUCAGCGGCAAGCCAUGAAACCACCCAUAUCCACAUCUUAUUUUCACAAAAACAUGGACGGUGAUUGUUGUAAUAAAAACCUUAAAAAGCGUUUUGGUUAAACAUUUUUCAGGAUACGAAUAAGAAACUAUAUUUGAGUUAGGUAUCGGAUUUUGACUAUCCAAACAGUAGGCGACCUAAUGUAUUUUUCUUUCAUGUGGUGAGGCUAACUUACUGCUUGUGUGCCUUUUCAGAAAUAUUGUAACUGCUGCAGCCAAUGUUUACUCCGGUAUCACAUUUUUCUAAAGAUUUGAGAAGAAAAUGAUUCAAAUUCUAGUUAACUUGCUUGCCCCUUGAAUUUUCUCUCAAAAUUAUAUCUAGCCCACACUCUCGACUCCAUAUUUAGGCAACUGUUUUGGUUCUUUGUUGCUUCUUUACCUUUAACUAUCGCUAGAGGGGAAGUUCUCCUCAAAUUAGUCUAGAAACUGGUAUAGCAUAUAGUUCUGAGGUUCCGAUAAAAUAUAAUCUCUUUUUAUUUUCUAAACAAAUCAUCUCUAAAUUUAAAAUUUUUUCUUUAUUUUUCAGUUGUGGAAAUAAUGAGCAUUAUUAUUUUAUACCUACUUAAAUCUAGAAAGUGUGAUAAACUUCAUUAAAAGUUUUUUGCUUCUUAUAUUGAUUUGAUAAAAUGAAAUCAAAAUAAUGAUGGUCCCGUUUAAUAUAUAAGUUCAAUAAAGUUGACCAAAAGACCGUGAAAACAAACCUCUUAUUACCGGUGAUAGAUUGGAAACAAUUUAACAUUUAAUAAGCAAUUCACUGAAUUUAUGUAAAUGAUUUUGUGUGUGAUUGUAGUAAGCAAUAGUAAAGAAGAACACUGAACGAAGCAGAUUCUUGACUUUGACUUUAUAAGGAAACGAAAACUGUAUGAGAUUCGAUUUAGAAGUGAAAUGCUGAAAAUUGUCUUAAUUUUACAAUCUAUUAUUCAGAUUACAGUCUAUUUUAUAUGCUAGCUACAUAUUAUUGCUUGUAAGAAAGAAAACGCAAACUCCAUCUGUUAUGUUAUCCAUUCAUCAUGUUAUUUUUAAUAUUUGACAAUGUCUCUAGUAUGACUGUGUCUAAGGCACAUUUCCACAGCUACUUGCAGAAUAGUAUUUGAUGCGUUUGUCACAAUAAAAUUUCUACCCUCGAAAUAACAAUCUUUAUCGAAUAUAUUCUUAUACUGUUGUUGUUGGAGACCUCAAUUGAAAAGAUGUUUGCUUUAAACGAAUGUUAAUUUCUUUGGGAAGACAUGAGUUUCUUUUAUAUAUAAAACGCAUGAUAUGUACAGUAAGGGAACUGUGAAAAAAUGUAAAAUUCAGAUGUAUUUGUAUUAGUAAUGUAUUCAUAUAUUUAAUUGAAGGUUGUAUGAAUUAAUGAACAAUGGCAAAUGCGAUUUAUAGUUUUAUAGCAUGUACAUAAGUAUUUAAUAAAUUAUUAUAUAAUGAGAUACAGCGGCAUAAAAUUUUAACGAAAUGAAUGAGUUUCAUGAAGCAUAUAUUUAGAAUUUCGCGAAAAUUCAUACUUUCUCAUAAGAUUUGGAAAAUAUUUUCUAAGUGUUUUGUAUAAGAAACAUUCCAUGUGUAAAUAAAACGAGUACUUAUCGAUG